AUGGAAGACAGCUCUCGCAGCUGCCUGAAGUUGUUUACCAUUGUAUUCUUUUGGUGCUUGGCUUCGGCUCACCGUGUUCAUGAAUAUGAUAAGCAUCCAUUAUCCAAGAUCGACAUUUAUAAGACCACUGUUGCACUUAGUGACUCGGUCUUCCUCAAAGCGAACCCGCUCAUUCUUGGCUUGAAGGGUGAGGACACAGCAUGGGUGACCGUUGAUCUUGUAAACCCAAAUCCUUCCAAUGAUGAUUGGGUUGCAGUUUUUUCUCCUGCAAAAUUCAACUCAUCAACCUGUCCAGCAGAAAAUGAUGAAGCCGAGUCUCCAUAUUUAUGUACAAGCCCAAUAAAGUAUAAGUACGCAAAUUUCUCCGAUUCAAAGAAUGCCAAAACGGGCAAAGCUUCUUUGAAGUUCCAGUUGAUCAAUCAAAGGGCAGACUUCUCCUUUGCAUUGUUUUCAGGCGGUUUGUCAAAUCCUAAGCUGGUGUCAGUUUCAAAUUACAUUUCAUUUGCCAAUCCUAAAGCACCUCUAUUUGCACGCCUUGCUAAUGGAAAAUCCUGGAAUGAAAUGACAGUAACAUGGACGAGUGGCUAUUCCAUAGAUGAAGCUAUUCCAUUUGUUGAGUGGGGUCUCCAUGGAGAGACACAUAUGCGAUCCCCAGCUGGAACAUUGACGAUUGAACAGAACAGCAUGUGUGGUGCGCCUGCACGGACUGUUGGCUGGCGCGAUCUUGGUUUUACACAUACGAGUUUCUUAACAAAUUUGUGGCCAAAUACUGUGUACUCUUACAGGAUGGGUCAUAUCCUAUCUAAUGGUUCAUAUAUCUGGAGCAAAACUCAUUCUUUCAAAUCCUCCCCAUAUCCUGGACAGGACUCAUUACAGCGUGUUAUAAUAUUUGGUGACAUGGGGAAGGGAGAACGUGACGGUUCAACUGAAUAUGCUAAUAAAGAUCCGGGUGCACUUAACACUACAGACCAACUCAUCAAGGACUUGCCAAAUUAUGAUAUAGUAUUCCACAUAGGAGAUAUAGCAUAUGCAGAUGGAUACAUCGCAGAUUGGGAUCAAUUCCUGCAACAGGUGGAGCCCAUUACAUCUACUGUUCCAUAUAUGGUUGCAAGUGGUAAUCAUGAACGUGAUUGGCCGGAUUCAGGUUCCUUCUAUACUGGUACAGAUUCAGGUGGGGAAUGUGGUGUGAUUGCUGAGACCUUAUACUAUGUUCCUGCUGAGAACAGAGCUAAGUUCUGGUAUUCAACAGACUAUGGCAUGUUUCACUUCUGUAUAGCUGACACUGAGCAUGAUUGGAGAGAGGGUUCAGAACAGUAUAAGUUCAUUGAGAAAUGCCUAGCAUCAGUUGAUAGGCGAAAACAACCUUGGUUGAUCUUUGCUGCUCAUCGUCCCCUUGGGUAUUCCUCUAAUGAUUGGUUUGGCCAAGAGGGCUCAUUUUCAGAGCCCAUGGGAAGGGACGACAUGCAGAAGCUUUGGCAGAAGUACAGGGUAGAUAUUGCAUUCUAUGGCCAUGUCCAUGAUUAUGAAAGGACAUGCCCCAUUUACCAGAAUGUGUGUGUUAAUUCAGAAGUGUCCCAUUAUUCGGGCACCAUGAACGGAACCAUCCAUGUUGUUGUUGGAGGGGGAGGGCAUCACCUAGGAACAUCCUUCAUAGGGAUACCCAAUUGGAGUUUAUACAGAGAUUUCGACUUUGGAUUUGUCAAACUAACAGCAUUCAAUCGCUCCUCUCUUCUUUUCGAGUACAAGAAAAGCAGUGAUGGAAAGGUAUAUGAUUCCUUUACUAUUCAUAGAGAGUACAGAGAUAUCUUGGCAUGUGUACACGACAGUUGUGGAACAAGCACUUGGGCAUCUUGAACUUUUAUCUUAAACUUCCUUUGAAGGAAAUUUAUGUAAUAAACAUCCAUAUUUGAUUUGCUGCAAAUGUUUUGUUAAAACUAAAUUAUGAAUUUCUAUUCCCUGUAGUUCCU